CUUCCGUUGCAUAAAUUGAACAAUUGGGAAAUUAGAUGGAUGGACAAUCUGGACCGAAAGCUUGAAUGGCACUUUGAUCAACUUACCCCGGGACGAAGGCCAUUCCAUUUCCCGCUACUCGCCAACCAUUGGCUGAAUAGAAAGACAUGGAUGGUUAUUGACCCAGUUUCACGAGUUCCGGUUGACAAAAAACGCCAAUUGGGAGAUCCAAGAUUCAACGUGCCGUAUCCAGCUCCGCGCUGGGAAGCCAAGCCGAAGUAUCCGAUAGUCCCCCACAAGAAAGCUUAUACGCCCCGGAUUGACUCGUGGAGACUUGCUAUCAAUCGCCAGAGAAGGGCGUCUGGGAUGAGAGACGUGGUCAGGGCUGUGGAACUAUUCGACGACUCAGUCGACGAACCCCCUGACGGGCAGAUCGACCCGGCGAGCUGGAUACUUAGAAAACCACCACAAGGAUUCGGAAUGUCAAGUUGCCAGAAAGACGCAUACUACGAAGGUGGUACGGGCUGGCACGAGACGCUGAGCGACUGGCAGCAGGUGCGUCGUGGUUAUCGGGUUCGGAAGAUGGUCUUUGACGGCAGGGUGAACCGGACGCGAGCGAAGGAGAUUGCCUUAGGUAUGGGCCGACUCUGCCAAAAGGCUAUAACCAAGGCUUCC